CAUCCAUCAUUCAACUCUGUUCAACUUCCUCCCUUCUCUCUUUUACCCCUUGUUGUCGUUGCGUGCGAAGGUAAGGUCGUAGACUCCUAAGAUAUAAAUACAUAUUAUUUUGAAUAAUGAGCAGUUUUCUAAAUCCUAUUGUUUAUGAGGGUUACAUUGUAUUAUUUAACUUAUUAUUUUGCCAAAAUUCUGCUUUUACAGAAACUUUUUUGAACUUGCAAAGCCUACUUUGUUAGAUCAAAAUCUGAGAAUAUUCUGUUGGAUUAAUAGAAGAAAGUUAAACAGGUUGUAGAAAAAAGAAAAAUCAAAAAUGGAAAUUCAACCAGCUCUGCACUUCUUGAACAUACUGAUUUCUCCACAUAUUUCUGUGAUUUACAUUCAGGAGCGCGCCGGUCGGGCUGCUCGUUUCGGCCGGGGAUCGGUGAACUGGCGGGAGACUGACGGGAAAGAAUGGUCAGAUCGGAUAGUGCAGUGUAGUGAAGUGAUUGUGUGUUGAAGUGCUAACUGUGGUAACGGGAAACUCAGGAUUACAUAAGGGCGUUAUGGGUGAGGAUAACGAGAGAGCGUAGCCGGGCGACGCGGGUCAUGGCCCCGGGUCCCCGGCCACCCGCCGCCAUGGACGUCCCGGAGCCGCCGUACGCGCCGCCCGAGCCUCCCGACCUGCCAGAGCUCUCAGAACUGACCCUCUCGCUCUCGCAGUGUGAUCGAGCACUCGCAUCAAGCUCCGAUCUCGCCACCAUGGACGACGACGAUAUGGGGAUUCAGGAGCAGCCUAAUCUCGCCAAAGACUCCCAAGAAAUGGAACAGAUCCUCAAUGAUCUCAAUAACACUGACCUGGGACAAGCAGACCUUCUCCAAGCUAUCAAAACACUAGAAACAGGUGAUGUACUUUCAACAGGAGAUGCUGACUCCAUAUUUCCCCUAUCUGGCUUUGAUAUGGCUGAACCGGCAGAUUCAGAGGGUGAUGCACACACAACAGAAGAGAAGAUAAAAGCAACACAGCUUCAGCUGGAGCGGAGAUGUGCAUUUUUACUAAGAAGAAUGAGGAUGUUGCAAGCCAGAACAUUAGGCAAAAGAGUGUCAGAAGAGGUGGCUCAUACAAUUGACAAAGCUAUGAGAGGAGCCCGUAAAGAUGGUGUAGGGAGACCAAUGGGUCUUAAGGCAUUUCUAAAGAAAGUUGAGACAACAGCAGCUUUGCAAGCCAGUGCCUCCUCUCGGUCUACUUCAGUACUUGGUCCUAAGUACUACAGAGCCGGAACCUCUAAAGGUGAUGCAUCAAAAUCAGCAUCAAUUGCGAUUCCGUCAGGGACAUUGGCGGGUCUAGAGGACACGGCGGGGGCGCUGCGAUCUCAUGUGUCAGCUGUAAAGCAUGCGCUGGAUUCUGAUGCCACUGCAUCUUCAUCGGGGGCAGAGAGCAAUGAUGAGGCAGUGGUCUACAACAAUCCCCAUCAACAGCACAUGCCUAUUGAGAAACGCGCGCUGUGGUCGUACCAACGCGCUCGCGCUUCCAUCGCCACCCGCUGGUGCUGGCUCCAGGCCCAGGUCCAGGAGUUGGAGUACAAGAUACGGCAACACACGGAUCUGCACAAACAGGUCCGCGAAGCCAAAGGCCCCGUCCAAUUCGAAGGAGAACCAGCUCAGCCGUCCGCCUACGAGGGCCUCUUGCCCGGCGCCACCCUCGCCGACGACGAUCCAGCUACUGAGACCUGUGCACGUCAUCGGCCACUCCGUCGAGACACCUUCAAGAAGAGGAAGCUUCUGCAGAUGCAUAACCUGCAUAUAGCCACCAACAAGGCUGCCAAGCCUGCUGAUGUCCAUUGCAGCUGCGAGCACGGGCUGGAGAGCUGCUGCGUUUGCACGGGGCGUGCCUCACCUACACAACCACCGUCUGAAGGGCUCGCGAGGCUGGACCCUGGCUACCAUCCUGUUCUUAGUGAUUUUAAAGACAUCUCCCUCGGGCUGCACGUGGGCGCGCUGACGUCGGCGCGCUGGUUCCGCGCGCGCGCGGCGGGCACGUGGCGCGGCGCGCACCACGCACCCCGGCCCGAGCCUCGGCUGGAGCGCACGCCGCCCAAGCCGAGACGACCUACCAGUACGUCCAUACACACUGUAGUUCCAGACAUCUCCCUCGGGCUGCACGUGGGCGCGCUGACGUCGGCGCGCUGGUUCCGCGCGCGCGCGGCGGGCACGUGGCGCGGCGCGCACCACGCACCCCGGCCCGAGCCUCGGCUGGAGCGCACGCCGCCCAAGCCGAGACGACCUACCAGUACGUCCAUACACACUGUAGUUCCAGACAUCUCCCUCGGGCUGCACGUGGGCGCGCUGACGUCGGCGCGCUGGUUCCGCGCGCGCGCGGCGGGCACGUGGCGCGGCGCGCACCACGCACCCCGGCCCGAGCCUCGGCUGGAGCGCACGCCGCCCAAGCCGAGACGACCUACCAGUACGUCCAUACACACUGUAGUUCCAGACAUCUCCCUCGGGCUGCACGUGGGCGCGCUGACGUCGGCGCGCUGGUUCCGCGCGCGCGCGGCGGGCACGUGGCGCGGCGCGCACCACGCACCCCGGCCCGAGCCUCGGCUGGAGCGCACGCCGCCCAAGCCGAGACGACCUACCAGUACGUCCAUACACACUGUAGUUCCAGACAUCUCCCUCGGGCUGCACGUGGGCGCGCUGACGUCGGCGCGCUGGUUCCGCGCGCGCGCGGCGGGCACGUGGCGCGGCGCGCACCACGCACCCCGGCCCGAGCCUCGGCUGGAGCGCACGCCGCCCAAGCCGAGACGACCUACCAGUACGUCCAUACACACUGUAGUUCCAGACAUCUCCCUCGGGCUGCACGUGGGCGCGCUGACGUCGGCGCGCUGGUUCCGCGCGCGCGCGGCGGGCACGUGGCGCGGCGCGCACCACGCACCCCGGCCCGAGCCUCGGCUGGAGCGCACGCCGCCCAAGCCGAGACGACCUACCAGUACGUCCAUACACACUGUAGUUCCAGACAUCUCCCUCGGGCUGCACGUGGGCGCGCUGACGUCGGCGCGCUGGUUCCGCGCGCGCGCGGCGGGCACGUGGCGCGGCGCGCACCACGCACCCCGGCCCGAGCCUCGGCUGGAGCGCACGCCGCCCAAGCCGAGACGACCUACCAGAUUGAAAAGAGGCAGACCGCCUUUAUCGAGAAGAAUCAAAGAAAGAAAACAGUCUGAGGAAACUUUGACAUCUACUCAUGAAAGGUUGCGCGGCCGCGGCAGCACGGAGGCGCGCGCUCGCGCGGCGUCGUUCGACAUCGACAACAUCGUCAUCCCGCAGUCCGUGGCCGCCGCCACGCGACCCCAGAUACUCACCUACAAGGAGAUCGUCACGCCGAAGUGGCGAGUUAUGGAGAUGUCGGACGCGCGUCUGAACAACGGCGUCUCUAAGAUAAGGCGGCUGUCGUUGGAAAGCGAGGAGGAGGACAUAUCGGACACGGCGGUGCGCGCGCGGCACCUGCGCAGCGAGGCGCGCGAGCGCGGCCGCUACCUCGGCGCGCGCCGCGGCGGCCGCGGAGCCCCGCCCGCGCCCGCGUCCGCCCCCGCCCCGCCGCCCGCUCCUGCGCCACCGCAAGAGCCCCGUGAGACAGUGCGACCGUACUCCCCGCGCCGCUUCCCCCUGCCCGAGCACACGUACUCGGACAUGCUGGCCUCCAUGCCGCACGGUUACCGGCCCGCGUCGCCCCCCUCGCCGCCCUCCGCCGCGGGCGAGGCGGGGGAGGAGUCGGCCGGCGACAGCCCGCUGUCCCCGCUGUCGCCGACGCCCUACGAGGGCGACGACCCCGACGACGUCGAGUGGGACCCCAGCCAGGAGAAGGUGGAGAAGAGAAAGUCCACGUUCAGGUGAAAACGACAGUGAACGGUUUAGGUAAUGUUAGACGCCACUUUUUUAAUGUUCCAGUGUUACUCAUAAGCUGUCCUUAUCAUUCGGAUAACAAAAAAUUUCUAACUACACGGAAAUAUCCAUUCUAAUUGAGUAUACAAGCUAUGAUAUGAUCGUAAUCGAUCUAGACCUCAGUCAUUUUUUUUAAAUUAUGGCAUCAGUCCAGUGUGACUAUUUCGCCUAUCAAGGUAUUAGGAACUAAAUACGACGAAAUUGAUAACUCGAGAUAUUCUACCGAAGAAAUUUGAACUUAAAAGUAACUUGCAUAAGUUUCAAAUUUCUUAAAUUUUUCCCGAGAGAUAUCAACUUCUUCCCGCCGUGUACGGAAUUGUAUGGUUAUAGUACAAGACGGUGUACGGUGAUUUUGUUAGUUGUUGUAAAGCGAUAGCUGGACUUUACGGCCGGUAGUCCACGUGCUACUUACGUGGACUACCGGCCGUUGACUCCAAAAUGGUGGUUAAUCGCAUUUCAAGAUUAAUUUCUCCAUUCACUGCACACUACCACAUUAGUUUACUGUAUAAUAAGCUAUCGAUAUUACACUUUAAACAAUAUUAAUGAGCAAAAAAACAAAGGAAAUAAUCACGACGCGUGACUGCCAAGAUGGCGCUUGAACCGGAAGUCCGAUAUAGACCUCGACGACAAAAUAGAACGGCACGGCUACAAUAAUAAUACAAAUAAUAAAAUUGUCUCUGGGCCGAUCGCUUGGAAAUAAUAAUUCGGAAGGAAGUUGCAAUAUUUUCUUACUGGUAAGGGAAAACCACCAAUGAUCGACACUUUUAGACAGUGUUUGACAUAAGUACUAUAGGUCAAAGUGACAGGAAUUAAUUUUGAAUAUAGAGAAAAAAAUCGUUCUUCAAACUUAAACUAUAUUAUUACUUUGACAUAAGUGCCAUGUCGAACAUUGGUGCAGCGUCGAUCAUUGGUGCUUUUACCUUAACCACUUUCUUGUAAAAUAUCUCCGAUACCGGCUUCCUUUCGAUUUAAAGGAGUUUAACAGCUAGUAAACUUCAACAAAAAUACAUAUUCAAUUAAUAACCAACAACAAAGCACAGACAGCCCUAGAAUGUCCAAUAAUAGUCCAGUUGGCACUUGGCUCAAUCGGCUUUUAAACAACAAAUUAACUACAAUUAUUUUAAUAAGUAAAAUAGCAUUUAAUAAUAAUUCAAAAAUUGUCUGGCAUGCCGGAUAAACCAUAUUUAUUUUAUGUACAUGAUGUAUGACAUAAAUAAAUAAGUUAAAAUUGUACUACAGAAAUAACUAUACAUUGUACAGUUUGCACAGGGUUGACGGUUAAUUACUGUCGUGUCUGUCUUAAUUACUGUGGUGUUCACAUAUUGUUUUGAUGUGAUGUAAGUCUUACAGUUACACCAAAUUAGAAUAAUUCUCAGGACAAUAUAAUGUGCAUAGAGUUCUCUGCAAAUACUGAAUAGUUCACCGUAAUAUUACCUACGGGCCAUUUUAAAAUUUGUUGCGAAUCUAUUAAAUUUACUAGCCUCGCAGUAACAAAAACAUUUAGUCAUAUUGUAAGUUGGGAUCAGACCCGACAUAAAUUCUAAAUAAUAUUAGCAAUAGCUAUGUUAUUUUUGUAUGUAAACUGCAACAAAUUUUAAAAGGGCUUUUAAACCUAAGAAUGAGUUAUAAGCAAUUAAUGUUGGUAGUUUGAUAAAAUUGUUUGGCUUCAUUUAAAUUGUUUAAAAAUUGUUUUGGCUUGUUCUAAUAUUUUUAAAUAAGUUUGGUAAAUCACUAUAGAUAAUUUUAAGAGUCGUUGCUUAGGGUAUCGAUUAUAAGUAGGUAUUGUUGUUUUAAAUCCAAACUCUUAAAGCUUUAUUCACUGUAAGAUAUAUCGGUAAUUGUAAAAUUGUAUAGAUUUCGUUUGAGUUGAUUUCACAACGGAGCCAAUUGUGAGGCCAUUUGGUGCACCCCCGCGUCCUCAUACAUUCCUUGCCGAGUUCAAAAGAAUAUUGAGAUGUAUUUGUUGGGUGCUUUUAUAAAAACUGUGUUUAAGAAAAUUUUGUUCUUGAUAAUAAUUGUGUUCUAAAACCGGCAGGCAAUGCCCCUUUUUAAAUAGCUGUAAAUAGUUGAAAGGCAUAAGUGUAACCUGCUGUGCUAUUUUCGAAGUUUAGAACACAAGGGACAGUGGUGUGUUUCUGUAUUAGAUGUUACCAUAGACAAUUGAAUUAAUAGACUUGCGCAUUCUAAAUAAAAUUUGAGCUAGAAUAGUAUGUAGUUUCACUGGGCAGCACUGAUAUUUAGUGGUGACUAUAACGUCAACCUUUUUUUUUUUGGAUUUCGCAAGUGUUAUAUUUCAAUUGUCUUUGAUGUUACGGAACCUGGGUUCCAUAGUUAAGCUAGUGUUAGCCUGCCCGUUUGCCGCUAAGCGAUAUGUAAAUAUUAUGAUAUAAACAGGGCACUGAAUAGUAACUAAUAGACUGGCUACAAAUUAAUUAUUUGAAUCUCUAAAAGAGAGUACUUUCUGUAUCAAAAUUCCUUAACAUACAAGAAAAUGUGAUAACAUUGGAGAUUGCAUGGUGUGUGUUGUUGAUUCUGCGUGACCCAGGUGGAUAUAGAAGGAGGAUUGUUUUGCAUUGUACUCUCUAAAUUGCUCAUAUACCUAGUUAUCUAGUAACAUGUACGUGUUUAACAAGCUACAGUUUUACACGAAAACAAGACUUUUAAUUUUUUAUAUGCGUGUAUAUCUCAUAAUUUUUGCCGUUUUUAAAAUUUUAAAUUGGAGCUUUCUAAAGCCCUACUAUUAAUAUAUAUGAUAUUAGUAUAUUUUAUAAUAUGGUCGUAAAUCAACAGUCCUUCUUCUAUUCCAUCUCAGUGUAAAAUAGUAAAAAUAUGCAUUUGCUUGUGUCAUAACUUUUAAAUUGGAAUGUUGGUAAAUUAAUGAAUUGUAGGCCGAGUUCGGACAUAAUCAAAUUGGUUAUAAAACUAUUGUGUAUAAAAGAUGUAUUGGUUAUUUUGAUUUGCAUUGUGUUUAUAUUGAUCCGGACUGGGUGUCGAGUGAUUGGAUGUUCGGUUGAAAGGGAAGCCAAAGCCUUCUUGUUAGUAGUUAAGUGUAGGUUUAAGGGGCGUCUCCAUUCGAGACGAGAUGCGCUUGAGAAAUACAAAAUGUCUUGUAUAGUAUGAAAAAUAAAUGUUAAAAAUUCACGAGUCA